UGGAGAACGUAGAAGGGGUGUCGGGAGAGGCGGCAAGACUUCCCUGUAAUAUGUCCGUGCUUUCAGGAGACACCGUGUACCUCGUCCUAUGGUUCAAGGAGGGUUUAACGACACCCAUUUAUAGCUACGACGUGCGAGAGCUCCUCGGCGGGCAACCGAAGCACUGGUGGGACGCCGACCUGCUGGGCUCAAGGGCUUACUUCAACGCCGGUUCGUCGCCCUCGCACCUCCUCCUCGAAGGUCUAGCUCAAAGCGAUGCGGGGCUCUACAAGUGUCGCGUGGACUUCCAGAGGGCGCCGACGAGAAAUACCCGAGUCAAUCUUACUGUUGUUGUGCCCCCUCGCAACGUAGUCAUGAUAGAGGAGAGCGGGUCAGAGGUCAGGAGUUAUAUAGGACCUGUGACCGAAGGAGCUGACCUGCACAUCUCCUGCGAGGCCCUGGGUGGUCAGCCUCCACCCUCCCUGAUCUGGCUCCUCAACGAUCAGGUCAUAGACGAGGUCACGGAGGGCCAAGAAGGCGACAUCACCCGCAAUGACCUGACCAUCCGAGGGGUCACCAGGUCAAUGCUGAGGGCCCACUUGACCUGCAGAGCUUCCAACAACAAGGUUUCACCUCCACUCACUGCUAUGGCCACCAUAGACAUGAACCUCCGACCCCUGGACGUGAACAUCCACCACCCGCGGGAACCUCUCUCGGCCGGCAGAACGUACGAGGUCCUGUGUUCCUCGAAGGGCUCUCGGCCGCCCGCCGUCCUGACGUGGUGGCGAGGCUCCGUCAGGCUGCCCGCCGCCUCGGAUACGACCAGCCACGGCGGCAACGUGUCUUCGUCGAUGGUGCGCUUCACCCCGAACGCUUCCGACGACGGCCGCCUCCUCUCGUGUCGAGCCGAGAACCGCAACGUCCCCACGGCGGUCAUCGAGGACAGCUGGAAACUCAGCGUCUAUUAUACUCCCACAGCAGAGGCAGUUCUCGGGGCGUCCUUGAACCCACAGAAUAUAAGAGAAGGUGAUGAUGUUUAUUUCGAGUGUCGAGUGACGGCUAAUCCCAAGGCGUAUAAAGUCCUCUGGAAGCAUAAUGGAGUGGUCGUGCGGCAGGAGCGCGAGAACGGCGUCCUGCUCACCAACCGGAGUCUGGUGGUGCAGGAGGUGACGCGCGCCCACGCCGGCAAGUACACGUGUCAGGCGAGCAACGUUGAGGGCGACGCGACCUCUCCGCCCAUCGUCCUGAGCGUGCAGUACGCCCCCGUGUGCCGGUCCGGCCAAGUAGAUACGUACGGCGUCUCGAAGCUGGAAAACGCUCAUGUUUCCUGCCAGGUCGAUGCCGUUCCUCAGGUGACUCGGUUCUACUGGCGGUUCAACAACACGGCCGAGAGCCUGGAGGUGCCACAGGAGCAGUUCACCGUGGGCUUGGGCGGCCGCAGCGUCGUCAUCUACACGCCCAUGUCGGACCUGGACUACGGGACGCUCCUGUGCUCAGCCGAGAACAUGGUCGGGCGGCAAGCGGAGCCGUGCGUCUUCCAGAUCAUUCCAGCCACCCAGCCAGAGGGCCCGACCAACUGCACUCUGUUCAACGUGUCAGCCAGCAGUCUCUCGGUGUCCUGCGCUCCCGGCUUCGAUGGGGGGUUGAACCAGACCUUCGCCAUGGAAGUCUACGGCACGAACCCACACACCCUGAAGGCUAACGUCACGAGCAAGUUCCCAAGGUUCCUGGUCACUGGCCUCGACAAUGACUCGGAGUUCCAACUGAUCGUCUACGCCGGCAACGCGAAGGGUCGGAGCGGCAUCACGCGCCUUGUGGCCCUCACUCAGAAGCUGCCGGUCAAACAGCUCGAGACCAGGCUGGGGGGAGGACAGAGCGGAGGGGGUGCCAACCAAGAUGCUCUGAAUGUCGAAGUCACCCCUCUGCUUGGGGUCGUCGCGGGGAUAGUGCUCGUACUGGUCGUCAUCGUGGUUGUUAUCAUCGUCAUCCUCAAGGUUCAGUGCGGGGCGAGCGCUAGACGCCAGCAGGCGCAGCAGAGAGAAGCGGGCAAGAACAGCGACAAGCAGCAGCAGCCCCAGCAGACGCAGCAGCAACAGCAGAAGAGACAGCAACAGCAGCAACAACAGCAGCAACAGCAGAAGCAGCAGCAGCGCGUAGGGUCCCUAAGCGAGCGUCACGAGCACCACCAACUGCAUCUCCACCCAGACGACCAGAGCCCAGACGUCGUGGCCUGCAGUGGAGGUACAGCUCGGACUCAAUAGGUGGAGGAG